AUGGCCACAUCACUCUUGGAGAAAACAGGGAACUUAAACAUUCUUUUCCUCAAGCACGAUCUUCGGGACGAGUAUCUUCCAUCUUGGGUUCCACAGUGGCUUGAUCUUCAGGACAUACGAUCGCGGGAUUGGAUUGACUAUAUGAUUCGAAGAAGCACAUCAACAGACGUGGACCCUCUAAUCUGCGACUUACCUCGUGUCGAAGACGGUGUUCUCAGUGUGCGAGGCAAGGUGUUAGACAUCCUUGCAAGUGUCACGACACCUUGCUACCCUGGUAGUCCUUUAGCAGCGCCUCUCCAAGCUGCAACCACAUACGAGUCCAGACCUACCCCCUACGGCUGUGACGACAAUAUUUAUUUUGCAAUUGCCAAAUCACUGUGCUUUGGGCUGAAGCUUUCUGGAAGCAGUCUGGCAAAACAUAUCAUCGACCAAAGAAUGAAUAUCUCCAAAUCGCUAAGAGGUCGGCUCGGUUAUUGGUUAGCUGAUAACCAAGGCUUUCGGGUCGGGGGAAAGGGAUUGUCCUUCUGGACCAGAGAGACGUGGGGAGACAUGCCAAGAACAAACUCAUAUUGGCUUCAGCACAGCUCACUCGCCACAGGCCUUCUGAAUUGGUCUUUGGGGUUAAGCAACGGAGAGAUUGCCCGUCCGACAGCUGCCAACGAUGAUGAUUUGCGGUUUUAUAAGGAGGUAGAUGAUGGUUUAUAUACUUUCUCUACUGCUCAAAUGCGCUUAAGUAUCACAGAACGAGGGCUUAUAGGUGUUGUGACCAGAGAGGCCUCUCGGGGCGACAUAUUUGUUAGGCUCGAAGGAUGUGAGCGUCUAAUUGUACUCCGAAAGGCUCAAAGAAACGACCGCUGGGUGGUUGUUGGAGAAGGUUGGCUGUGUACCGACCACACGAGAUUCCGUGAGGUUGAGCCUGAAUUCCGUUGGUUUGACAUAGUCUAA